GACAAUUUGCAAAAAGGAAGAAGACUUCGCUUUGGUUCACAGUCUCUCUGCUGGUAGUGUCUGUUUUCAUACUGACCAUAGGUCUGGCAGCGACCACAAGAACAGAAAAUGUUACCGUGGGAGGCUACUACCCAGGCAUCGUUCUUGGCUUUGGAUCUUUCCUAGGGAUUGUUGGCAUCCACCUGGUAGAGAACAGAAGACAAAUGUUAGUAGCCUCCAUCGUGUUUAUCAGCUUUGGUGUGGUAGCAGCGUUCUGUUGUGCAAUAGUUGAUGGAGUGUUUGCAGCACGACACAUAGAACCCAGACCUUUGUAUAACAAAAGGUGCCAGUUUUAUUCAAGUGGUGUAGGAUUCCUAUAUGAUGCCUACCAGACAGAGGUGACAUGUUAUACCUUAAGCAGCAAGUGCCAGCUGAAAGUAAAGAGUAACACGUGCUAUUGCUGUGACCUGUACAACUGUGAGAAUUCAGAGCAGUCCUCUGGCUACUAUGAAUUUCUCGGCGUGAACAGCUGUCAGGAUGUGGUUCAUCUGUAUAGGCUGCUGUGGUCCUCCACAGUCCUCAACAUCAUCGGGUUGUUUCUGGGGAUUAUUACGGCAGCCAUUCUUGGGGCAUUUAAAGACAUGGUACCUCUGUCCCAAAUUGCUUUCAGUGCUGCACCUCCUCAGAUCCUGUACAAUCCUGCCCAGCAGAUCCUGACAUAUGCUGGGUUCUGUCCUUCUGCAGCAACUAUUUCUACAUAUCCAUCCUACCCGUUACCUCUUCAGCCUGCCAGCAAUUUUCCAGGAACAUCAUCUACUGACAUUUCUUUAUCAGAAGAAACUCAGCCUCCAUCUCAGUCCAGCUCCAGCUAUGGUCUUCCUCCCAAUGCUCCAGCCCUCUAUACACCAACUUACUUCUUGCCUGGAGAAAAGCCUCCACCGUAUGCACCAUAG